AGACACUACCUAAUACCUGAAAUCUACAUGUAAUUAAUCUACAUGUAAUUCUAGGUAAGGGUUAAGUUAGGUAGUUUUCAAUAUAAUUGAUAAAAUCACAAAUCAUGACGUCUCCUAGUACAGCCCACAUUAGACUAUUCCUCUGAAUCUCCCUGGAAUAAACUUUUUGAUCUGAUUUAUAAGGUUGCUACACUCAAGAGACAGCGCAUCUCUACAAAAGAUCUCGUCAAUGUCGUUAGAAGAACCUUACUACAUGAAAUAAAAUAUGUACUCAAAAUGAUAUAUGUUGGGAGGGCAACUUUGAAGGCAAGACAUGAAUAAAAUGUCUCCUGACUUUCCACUCAACUUCCCACUUAUCUAUCUGCUACCAACGCAUAUCGAACCCGACAAGUUACCGGAACUGGAGAGUAAAAUACCUACUUUGACACAUGAGAUCAACGAAGCCAAUAUCAUACUCGGCAAGAUAUCAAAUAAAGAAAGAGCAAAGUUCGAAUUGAGGCGCAGGAGCAUUCUGACUGAGGAUAUCAACAUACCCUCAGCUAGCCCCCUUACUCCGGAGACGCAGGUAGACGAUCCUUCUCCGCCAUCGAAGAGGAGAAAACUUGACAGUUCAGUCUCUCCUAAACCCGCACGCGAUCAUACACAGAAGAUAACAUCCGAAGGUGAGAUCCUUGACGACAAUGCCAGCACUCUCAGCAGAGUCAGUUGGGAUGGACAGGGAACAGAAAGCACCACGGACGAAGACGACAAUCCUAUCCUCAGAGUCGUCAAGUUAUCCUGGUUCAUGGACUGUUUGGCUCAAAAGUCAAUUCUUCCAAUAGAUAAGUACUUGAUAUAUCAAGGCCGCAGAAUACAAAAGAUCCCCAGCAAACCUCCACCGAAUCAUGACGAUAUUCUUAGGCGCGCUCGGCAAGAAGGUGGAAACGAUAGUUCUGGAGCGAGUGGACUUUUACCGGCGUAUGCAUCUGCCUUGCAGCAUUCUAGAACAUCUUCCCAUGUAAAGCGUCCUGAGUUAGUUCACGAAACGACAUCGGAGCAUGAGCGCCGCUUAUACUUGACACCGAUUCCGGAAUAUCUACGCACGACUUACUCUUGUCAGCGCCCAACUCCCGUGAAUCCUCCAAAUAACUCUUUCAUCGACGAGCUAGAAAAGAUUCGGACGCUCAGAACCCUUGAAGGUGACAAGAUAGGUGUCAGAGCAUACUCUACAAGUAUCGCUUCCUUGUCAGCUUACCCCUAUCUCAUUUCACAUCCAGCUGAAGUAGAGAGGCUCCCAGGAUGCAGCGACAAGAUUGCCACACUUUAUCAGCAAUGGAAAGCGAAUGGUUACCUGGAAGAGGUUGAAGAUGCGAAAAAGGACCCGAAAAUGUCCGUGCUUCAGCUAUUCUACAACAUAUGGGGCGUUGCAGACACUACCGCUCGCGACUUUUAUAAGAAAGGAUGGCGAGAUCUCGACGACAUAAUUGAACACGGAUGGAAUAGUCUAAGCCGAGUUCAGCAGAUUGGUGUCAAAUACUACGACGAGCUACAGGAUAAAUUACCUCGUCGUGAGGUUGAAGAAAUAGGACAGGUUAUACUGAAUCACGCCAACAACGUUCGUAAGGGUUUCCAGAUGGUCAUUGUCGGGGGAUACAGAAGAGGAAAAAAGGAGAACGGAGAUGUUGACGUUGUCCUUAGCCACCCAGACCCCGCCGCCACCUUUAACUUUGUCUUCGAUAUCGUUAAGAGCCUCGAGAAAGACAAGUAUAUAACUCACACGCUGAUCCUGAGUACCAAGAAUAGCGAGCGCGGGCAGACACCAGUUGCAUGGAAGGGGCAGGACCGUAAAGCGGGCUCUGGCUUCGAUACCUUGGAUAAGGCCCUAGUCGUCUGGCAGGAUCCCCACUGGGACAAGGCCGUAUCGUCGAGAAACCCGAACCCCCAUCGGAGAGUCGACAUAAUCAUCAGCCCCUGGAAGACGGCCGGUUGUGCCGUGAUCGGCUGGACGGGCGGCACGACUUUUCAGCGAGAUUUACGGAGAUACUGUAAGCACGUGAAGACUCUCAAGUUCGAUAGCAGCGGCGCGCGGAGUCGAACAGACGGAACCUGGGUAGACCUCGAGAGCGAUGCAAGUGGCCCAGCGCCCGAUAUGCUUACGGCGGAGAAGCGGGUUUUUGAGAGGCUUGGACUGGAAUGGCGUCCGCCGGAGGAGCGAUGUACGCGGUGAUUAGGCAUGUGUAGAGUCCCGAUUUUCGUAAUGGUACAUUUGUGGAAUCCAAUAGAUGGUUUAAUAUGAGGAGGUUGUGAGUAUUGUGUCACGUCUGGGAUCAUUGCUACUUACAGCUGGUCUUUGUCACACCAAGGGGACGGUGACUGUUUAGCCCCUGGGAACAUGGUCUUUAGCAUUGUGGAAAGGAGGCAAGAAAAGAAGUAUAAUGAAGAAGCAGAUGCUUAGAUUUGAGCUUGCGUGUAUUUAAUAUGAGCUCUCGACUGUCUCAUAUAUGACUCUGUUGAUAUCUGU